CUGAUCCCCUCUGAUUCCGUGUCGCACCUCCUCCUUCUCCUUUUGUCACCACUUCGCACAGAAACUCGGAAGGAAAGCAGAGCAAAGGAAGCACAGCUCCAAUGGGGUCCUGCAACAGUCAGAGAAGAAGACGAAGCAGACAAGCAACAACCACUCCGUUUGUUCUCUGCGUCCUGUUCGCUCAAGUCUGCACUUCCCUCUGCGCCAAGGUGUAUGUGGUCUACAUGGGGAGCGGGAGUGGUGGAGCAGAGGCAGAGGAUGCUCUGUUUCAAGACCAUCAGAUGCUUGCUUCUGUGCACAGCGGAAGCUUGGAGGAAGCGCAGGCAUCGCAUGUGUACAGCUACAGGCAUGGCUUCAGAGGCUUUGCUGCCAAGUUAACGGAGGAUCAAGCUUCCGAGAUCGCAAAGAUGCCGGGAGUGGUGACCGUGUUCCCAAACACGAAGAGAAGGCUGCACACGACCCAUUCAUGGGACUUCAUGGGCCUUGUUGGGGAAGAAACCAUGGAGAUUCCGGGAUACUCAACAAAGAACCAAGUGAAUGUUAUUGUUGGUUUCAUUGAUACAGGGGUAUGGCCUGAAUCUCCGAGUUUUAGUGAUAUCGGCAUGCCUCCCGUGCCAGUGCAUUGGAAGGGCAAAUGCCAGUCAGGAGAAGCUUUCAAUACAUCAUGCUGCAAUAGGAAACUGAUUGGAGCAAGAUAUUAUAUGAGCGGCUAUCAAGCAGAAGAGGAUUCCACCAACAAGGUCUCUUUCCUAUCUCCUAGGGACAGCAAUGGACAUGGAAGUCACACUGCCUCUACGGCUGCAGGCCGCUAUGUCCCGAACAUGAACUAUAAAGGGCUGGCUGCUGGAGGAGCCAGGGGAGGUGCACCGAUGGCAAGGAUUGCAGUUUACAAGACAUGCUGGGAUUCCGGUUGCUAUGAUGCCGACUUACUGGCGGCCUUUGAUGAUGCCAUAAGAGAUGGGGUCCAAAUACUGUCCCUGUCUCUGGGUCCGGAUGCCCCACAGGGUGAAUAUUUCAAUGAUGCCAUCUCCAUGGGGUCGUUCCAUGCUGCCACUCAUGGAAUUCUGGUGGUCUCUUCUGCUGGAAAUGAAGGAAAUCCAGGUUCGGCGACGAAUCUUGCUCCGUGGAUGCUCACUGUUGCUGCUAGCUCCACUGAUCGAGAUUUCACUUCGGACAUCCUGCUAGAUAAUGGUGCUAAUUUCUCGGGCUCGAGUCUCGUCGUCUUCGACAUGAAUGUCUCCAUGAGCAUCAUCUCUGCCUCUGAGGCCAAUGCUGGAUACUUCACUCCAUAUCAAUCCAGCUACUGCCUAGAGAGCUCCUUGAACCGAACAAAGGCCCGUGGAAAGGUCCUGGUAUGUCGACAUUCUGGCAGUUCCACAGAGUCGAAGCUUGAAAAGAGCAAAGUGGUGAAAGAAGCAGGUGGUGUUGGAAUGAUUCUGAUUGAUGAUGCAGAUCAGGACGUUGCAAUCCCUUUCGUGAUUCCUUCUGCUAUCGUGGGGCGGCGAACGGGAAGCAAAAUACUUUCUUACAUAAAGCAUAUGCGCAAGCCAAAGUCUCGCAUCUUACCUGCGAAAACCGUGAUGGGGUCUCAACCUGCUCCGCGAAUUGCGGCUUUCUCUUCAAAGGGUCCCAAUGUCAUCACACCAGAGAUUCUGAAGCCUGAUGUUGCGGCUCCAGGAUUGAACAUACUAGCUGCCUGGUCACCUGCAGCUUCAAAACUGCACUUUAACAUUCUUUCCGGUACUUCAAUGUCUUGCCCUCACGUCACGGGAAUAUCAACAUUGGUCAAAGCUGUUUAUCCUUCAUGGUCUCCAUCGGCAAUUAAAUCCGCGAUCAUGACAACCGUCCAUCAUUACAACUCCAAAAUGAAUUUGCAGCCUCUAUACUGGACAAGAGGCGGGGGCCCAUCACUGCAGAUCCCAAUGGAAGACGGGCAAGCCCAUUUGAUUAUGGCUCAGGCUUCGUGAACCCGACCCGAGUCCUCAAUCCUGGGCUCAUCUAUGACUUGCAGCCACAGGACUACCAAUCUUUCCUCUGUUCCCUCGGUUAUGAUCAGAAAUCUCUCCACCGUAUCAUGGGGGACAACACUACAUGUAACAGUCAAAAGCUCACUACGCCGUCUGAAUUGAACCUUCCUUCCAUCACAGUCCCGAAUCUCAGAGGUGCCUUCUCGGUGAACCGUACUGUCACAAACGUUGGGAGACCAAGGAGCAUAUAUGAGUCUAUGGUGUCUCAACCCCCUGGAGUCAAUGUUACAGUGGAACCAAAGCGGUUGGUUUUUGAGAGAUAUGGGCAGAGUCUGAGCUUCAACGUGAGGUUUAACGUGGUUGCCCCUUCAAAGGGGUAUGGGUUCGGGUUCUUGACGUGGAGGCACAAGAAGCUGAGGGUCACCAGCCCGCUCGUGGUUCGGGUGGUAUCGGAGGCCAAGUUCGGGUUGAUGAGUUAGGAACACGGUGUGACCAUGAUUGCAUGUAGGAAGGCAUAGAAUAGGUGGAUAGAUAACCCAAAAGAGAGGGGAAAAAAAAUGAGAGAGUGUGAAGAUCAGAGUCGUCACCCAACUGAAGUUUGGUCUAUGGUUAGGAUAUGGUGUAAAUGCAAUAUAUACAUUAUAUCAUAUUAUUUGAUUUUACAAGAUAAAGUUCAGUCCUUCAAUUU